GUAGGCAGGUCGGAGGUCGGGCCUGGUGAUUUCCGCUUCCUGUGGGCAAAGGGCAAGCGGAAUGUAAACACGGGAGCCGGGCAGUGGUGCUCAAGUAACUGGCUCCCUCGUCGGUGCUGGGAACCGGAGGAAGAGCAGCAAAAGCAGAAUGGCUUCCUUCGGAUGGAAGAGGAAAAUUGGUGAGAAGGUCUCAAAGGUCACUUCCCAGCAGUUUGAAGCUGAAGCUGCUGAUGAAAAGGAUGCAGUUGAGAGUGAUGAAGGGAACGGGCUUCAUGCCGCCAAACGCAGGAAAGAAAGUCUCCUGGAAGGCUGUGCCAGGAAAAGCAAGCAGCUGAAGGAUGAAGGAGCCAGCCUGGCUGAAAAUAAAAGAUAUCGAGAGGCGAUUCAGAAGUGGGAUGAAGCACUGCAGUUAACCCCAGAUGAUGCUACCCUAUAUGAGAUGAAGUCACAGGUCCUAAUGUCACUUCAUGAAAUGUUCCCUGCAGUUCACGCAGCAGAAAUGGCUGUGCAGAGAAAUCCACAUUCGUGGGAGUCUUGGCAAACUCUGGGGCGCGCUCAGCUUGGAUUAGGAGAGAUAGUGUUGGCAAUUCGAAGUUUUCAAGUAGCCCUUCAUAUCUAUCCAAUGAACCCUGAAAUAUGGAAAGAAGACCUUUCUUGGGCAAGAAAGCUCCAGGAGCAGCAAAAGGUAGCCCAGAGGAUUAAAAAAAAUGAAGCACCAGCGGAAGUCACACAUGUCUCACCCAAGUCCAUUCCCGACUAUGACUUUGAAAGUGAUGAGAUUGUUGCUGUUUGCGCAGCUAUUGCUGAGAAACAAAAGCCGGUUUCAGAUAAUAAAACCAUGGUUAUUGUGUCCGCUUCUGGGACCGUGGAGACUGUAAGUGAGAAGGAAGAUGGGGCCACUGCCCCCGAUGGCUCUGUUUUUAUCAAAGCCCGAUGAAGCUUAGCAGGAGCUCCUUGAAUCCACCUGUUUGAUUGCCACAAAGUUUUAGGCAAACAGGCAUUUACUCUGGAGAAACAGGGUCACACUCCUGUUUGUAAAAUCAGUUUUUCAGAUGAGGCAUAUACAAACUAAAGGGUAGGAUUAUUAUAGAGUGUUUGGACUCUGCUUUGAUAAGUUAUGAUUUAAACUUAAGAUUAGAAUUCUGACUACAAUGGUUUUUGAUGAAUAAACUUAAUCCAAAUGUAUGAGUGAAUACAUUUUAAAGACAGAACUUGGAAGUGAAUGCUCCAGUAGUGAAUAAAUUGAUGGCCAGUGUUAUUAAAAUAUUGACUUUUUUAUGACAAGGAAGUGGGUGAUUUCUCUCCCUCCAAAAAAAUAUACUGCUAUUACUGUUCACUCUUCUAUUUUUCUUGUUUUAUUAGAGUAACUUUGUCAUGAAGCUUGAGUAUUUUGAUGUUCAUGUUUCUUUCAAAAUUGUCAUUUGGUUGUAGGUAGAUUCUUUGCAAGUUCAGCUGGAAAUGCAUGCAACUGUGUGUGUUCCGGACAUUUUCUGUAGAGACUCUUACAUCGGAUUUAUGCUUGUUUUGACUUUAAAAUUACUAUCACCA